AUGGCCACUGAAGCAGAGACAGACGGCAUGUCUGAUAUCGUAGAGUCGCCACGAAUAGAGGCUGCUCCUCUUCCUCUCCCACUAAAUGGCCAAGCUUCCAACUCACCAAGGAGACGCAGGCAAUCAACAAAGAACACGGCCAAUUCACCACCACUACCUGGUACUCCUCAAGCCCAUAUCUCGCCGUCUUCUCCACGAGCCCAUGGAAUGACUUAUAGUCACUCGCUCUACAUUCACACUACUGUGAGAGCAUCGCCACUCUCAAAGGAGAGCCCUGAACAGAAUUAUCGAGGGUUACUUAACUUGGCAAUGAUCCUGCUGUUUGUCUCAAAUAUGCGGCUGGUCGUAGAAAACUACUUCAAGUACGGGCUGCUCAUACGUCUUCCUUCCGUCGAACAACAGGAACUAAUGCAAGAGAUGCCCUUUCUCGUCCUUGCCAUACUCAUACAAGCUGGCCACGUCUUGAUUGCCUACUCGCUAGAACUAGCCGCCUUAUAUAUUAGCAGUCCCAAACUAAAAACUGCGAAAAGGGUUGUAACAAAACCAAAUGCACUACUCGACCUCAUUAUAGCCAUACUUCAGCAUGUAAACACACUAGGAGGUGUCACUGUAGCUUGCUUUAUUGUUUGGUACAAGAUAUUUCAUCCCUUAGCGGCUUUUACGGUAGUCGUUGCUGCCACAGUAACUUCGCUCAAGCUGUUUUCUUACACGAUGGUCAACCGUGAUUUGAGGAUAAGUACAGUUGACAAGAAAUACGAAGACAAGGAUUCGCGAGUAGCAGAACCUUUGGAUGGUCUCAAACAAGAAAGUGCACUGCAAGAAGUCCCAUAUCCUUCCAACCUCGUACUUGAAGAUAUCUUGCUGUUUUGGGUCUUACCCACAUUGGUGUAUCAGACUUCGUAUCCACGAACCACUUUCCGAUGGGACUUUUGUGUGAAACGUUUGGGAGAAGUCAUAUUUUGUCUCGUAGCCCUAUACUCUAUUGCUAGCCAGUAUGCAGCACCAACCUUGGCAAACUCUUUGCUGUACCUGGAAAAGGGAGACAGUGUCAAACUUGCUGAACGAGUCAUGAAACUGUCAGUCAUAAGCGUCAUGAUGUGGUUGACGAUGUUUUUUGGAUUCUUUCAUGCUUGGAUGAAUCUAUUGGCUGAAAUCACUCGAUUUGGUGAUCGACGAUUCUAUCUGCCUUGGUGGAAUUCGAGUGAUAUUGCUCAGUAUUGGAGGUUAUGGAAUGCGCCUGUCUACAAUUGGUCCAAACGACACGUAUACCUUCCCCUCGUCGUAAACCAUAAAUUCUCAAGUGCAGCAGCAACGGCAAUAGUGUUUGUAGUAUCUGCCGUAUUGCACGAAGUGAUUAUCGGUGUCCCAUUACACAACAUCAACUUUUGGGCCUUCAAUGGGAUGAUGAUGCAGUUGCCGCUCAUCUAUCUCUCUCGAUAUCUUGAUCAUCUGAGAGGCAAAUACUUUCCAAGCAAUAAGAAUCUUUUUGAUAAUCUUGGAAACGUGCUCUUCUGGGUGUCCUUUACAAUUGUGGGACAGCCGACCAUCACAUUGAUGUAUUAUGCCCAGUAUGUUAGCAACAGGCAUUGA